AUGUUUGCCUUUAUUUCAUCGCAUUCUUAUACCAUUGCCUUGUCUUGUAAUUGUUAUGUAUUUUCAUUUCUUUCUCUUAUUCUUUUAAAUACUUUCCCGAUUUCACUUUUCUUUUUCAAACUUUUGUUUUAUUCUGUCUAUUUCUUAGUUUCUCUUUCAUUUAAAAAUUUUAGAAUUCUUCUUUCUUUCUUUUUUAAUUCUCAUAUGUUUUUUUUCGUCUUUUUUGCUUAUUUUUCCCGCCUUUUCUUUCUCCUUAUAUUUCUUUCUUUCCCCCUUCUUUAUCUUUUCCCUUCUUUCUUUUCCUUUUUUCCUUCUUUUUUCUUUUCGCUACUUUCUUUUUCUUUCUUCCUUUCGUUACUUUUUCUUUUCCCUUUUUUUCUUUUCCUUUCUUUCUUUUCUAUUCUUUUUCUUUCCUCUUCUCCUUUGACCUUCUUUUUCUUUUCUCUUCUCUAUUUCCUUUCUUUCUUUUUCUUCUUUCUUUUCCCGUUUUUCUUCUUUAUUUUAACUUCUUUAUUUCCUUCUUUUUUCAUUUCCCUUCUUUCUUUCCCUUCUCUUUCUUAUCACUUCUUUCUUUUCCCUUUUUUUACUUUCUCUUUCUUUUCCAUUCUCUCUUUAAUUUUUUUCGCUUCUUUCUUUCCACUUCUUUUACUUUUCUGUCACCAUUCCUUUUUUUAUUUUUCGUAUAAUAUCUUCUUUUCUUUUUCUUUCUCCUUUUUUCUCGCCUUGCUUGUCUUCAUUUUCCCUGUUGCUUUUCCGACUAUCGUUCUUCAUUUAUUUCUGUAUUUCUUUUCCUCUUUUUCAUUCUCCCUCUUUCUUCUUGAUUGGUUUUCCUUUCCUUAUUGCUUCUUUCAUUGUUUAGAUUUUCUUUGCAAAUCCUUUCGUUUUAUCCUUUUUCUCGCUUUCUUUCUUUUAUUUUGUAUAUUUUCUUUUCACCAUUCACCGUUUGCUUUGUUUGACAUUUUUCAUUUAUCCAUCAGAAGAUCAAAUGAAUAUAACACGCUUCCCGCUAGUCUAUUACUCUUUUCAUGGCUAAUGUCUUUCUACUUUUCUGUUUUCCUUUCUACUUUUCUGUUUUCCUUUCUACUUUUCUUCUACAUCUUUGCAUUUCUUUCCCCUCUUAUUUAUUUUAUACUUCAUUUCUUCUUUACUAAUUUUCAACUGGUAAAUAUGUGUUCUUCCAUAUUUCUCAUCUGUCCGUUCUCUUGUUUUUCUUUUCUUCUCUUUCCCAUUUCCCUUCCUACUUCUUCUUGCCCACCGUGCGCCAAUGUAUAA